AUGGUGGGGAAAAAGCGCCGCUCAACGAAAACGCUCGAAUCUUUGUCGACGACUCCAUCCGAUGGUGUCAACGGAGAGAAAUCUGAAUGUGUCGAUGAAUCGUAUUCCAGUCUUUUGCAUCCCCGACCCCUCGCAACAGUUUCAUGGAGUACAUCUUUUUGGGUUGCUCUCGUUUUUAGCUAUCUAAUCAUUCUGUUCCUCAUCUCUAACUGGGCGAGCUCUCAGUUGCCAAAUCCCUCCGUUUGUUCCGUGGCUGCUCCCGCCGUAGAUCCGUCCCCGAAAUCCCACCAUAAGUGGCUGAAGGCCUGGAAAGCUUCUCCCGUGGUCAAGGGUUGGAAAGGAGCCCGCAGCUUUACUCGCUUUGUAUUACGACGCAAGUCCAAAACAACUCCCUUGUCUGCUCUUAACAGUAGAUACAAUUCGAUCGCCAUUCCACAGGCUUCCACGUCGCCUCCAAAAAUAUCGAGCUUGGAACAGCAGCUUUUGACCGAGCUGGCUACUCGUGUGCACCAGAAAUGUCCGGAUGUGCUUGAUCGAGCCAAAAAAGUGCCCUGGGGCGGGCAUGGUGAUGCCUCUUGGUGGUUUCCGGUAGGAAAUCAUACAAAACCUAAAUCAUUGACACCGCUCGGACAAAAAGACGGGGGCUUUCUUUUAUACGGCCACUACAGGAUCUUGUCCAAGUCCCUGCGAAAUCCUCGCGAUCUUUCCUUCACCCACUUUCCUUUCCGUUUAUGCAAAACGGGGUGUCCCGCCGAGCAAGGCGUACUGCACACUUUGCAAUGGCGUGAAACGUACCGACCUUGGAUGAUGUCACCGUCAGGCAUUUCGGAGAACCGUAUUGGAUGGGUAUACACGAGAGGAUUCGCCAAGGCCUCGCCCCAGAAUUCUCGCUAUGGUCGUCAUGCCAUGAUUUGGGUCCGUCCCGGGAUGCACCAAACUGUUGAUGGCAUGGCUUAUUUUCGUGUAAUUCUCAACACAGUUGACGCAGCCAUUGCCGCCGCGCUCCGCGAUUCCCACGGGCGUGUCGGCAAGUUUAAUGCGGUCAUCGAUGCCACCAAUUACGAGUGGUCAAAAAUGCCAAACAUUGCACACAUUAAACAGCACGUCACUAUGCUCCAGGAUCAUUACCCGGACCGGCUUGGAGUGCUACUUUUGAUCAAUCUCUCGCGAUCGGCCGAGUUUUUCGUCAAUAUUGUCAAAAAUUUAUUGACCAAAGAAGUCAGAGAAAAGAUCAUGGUGUUGCCGCAUAAUAAAGAAAAGGCUCUUGCUCAGUUGGGCGCGGUAGUUGAAAAUGAAUACAUACCAGACUGGCUAGGCGGGCCAGACAGAUUCCGAUUUGAUGGUUUACAUUACUAUGCAAAACAGCAACGCAUGAGUGAAGUUGAUAGCCGCUCCUUCCUUGUCGCUAUGCCCUACCACGCAAAUUAAGUAUGAAGCACAAAAACCAUGUAAAAUAUGAAAACAAAGCUCUAUUAUAUUAC